CGGUGGUGAUGAGCGCGGCCAACUGCGCAGACCCCGAGUCUUUCGGGGAGCGACGAAACAGUUUCGGUCGGGAGGAAGCUCAUAUGGAAUGGCAUCGCGUGGAUCCUCGCCGAAGAGAAGGGGGCCGAUCGCGAUAACGAUACUCGCCAUUUUGACGAGUGUCGUCAUGUCGGGCGGUUUUUGUCCGCCACAAUGUCGUUGCGACGACGAAACCUUAAAAGCAUCCUGCGCUUACGCGGAUCUCGAAUUCGUGCCAAUCCAACUAAACCCAGAGAUACGACAUUUGGAUUUGUCAAACAAUCGGCUCGCUAACCUACACUUGACAUUUUGUUUCUACGGUAAUUUGGAGAGCCUUGAUUUAAGCUCGAACCUGAUUCGUACUUUAGGUACGGACAAUUUUGCACUACAAACGAGCUUGUUAACACUCAACGUUAGUUUCAAUUCGAUCAGGACAAUUGCGAAAAACGCUUUGAACGGUUUGAAAUCGUUGAGAGAAUUGAACUUGGCUGAUAAUAAUAUUACGGAGAUGGACGAACAAGCGUUUAAGUAUACAAGCGAGUUGGAAGUACUCGAUCUUAGUGGAAAUUCUAUCACAAGUUUGCCAAAAGAUCUGAUGAAAAAUCUACAUAAGAUAAGAACGUUGAUACUCAAAAGAAAUUCUCUACUAGAGGUACCAGACGAUAACUUAGCUUUGGCACCGAGCCUGGAGAACGUCGAUCUUUCGGAAAAUCUUAUUCAAGAAUUAACCAGAGACUCUUUGCCGUCCUUACCGUCCUUGGUCUCGUUGAAUCUAGCGGACAAUGUUAUCCGAAGUAUAGCCGACGACGUAUUCGAUCGAUUGCCAGGCUUGUUGCGUUUAGAUCUCUCGGGAAACAAUUUGACAUCGGUACCAACUGCUGCAUUGGCCAGACUAAACGUUCUUUCAAGUUUGAUCCUCAAUCGAAAUCCCCUUGUUACUUUACAUCCCGUAGCAUUUCGCAAUCUUUUCGAACUGAGAAGCUUAGAAUUGGACGAUUGCACGCUCGAGAAUAUAGAUGCUAGAGCAUUUGCCGAUAAUGUUAAUCUCGAGCGUAUAUCUAUGGACGGUAAUCGUGAAUUGAAGGAAUUACCUGGACGUGUAUUGUACAGUGCGAGAUAUUUAAAAUGGGUUUCUCUGCGUCAUUGCAGUCUCGCGACACUUCAACCAACGCAGUUUCCAGUUGAUGAUUUAGCUUUGCUACGAGUCGGUGGGAACCCUCUAGUUUGUAACUGUUCGGUGCACUGGCUCUGGAACGUUAUCAGAGCGGAAGAACAACGUAACGAGACGCGAUUGGAACUCGACACGAAUGACAUCGUCUGUACGGACGAGGAAUCUGCCGGUAAACCACUGAUCACCCUACCGGAAGGAUCCUUACGUUGCAGAUUGAGUCUACUAUAUUUGAUCUUGUCCGCGGCUGGUUGCCUCGCGGCAACAGCCAGUAUCCUGGCUUUGAUAGCUCAUCUUACCAGAGCCAAAAGGAAGAAACGUUUGGCAUACGCGGCACCUAACAGGCCGGAAUUUUUAGUCUACGUUGGUAGAAGUAAUGAGGAUAUUACGAAAAACGCGGAAUCAUGUAACAGACGAUUAUUAGCACGACACGAGGACACUUCUUAUGACACGCCUAGAGCUAAGACAGUUGUUAGGGUGCCUAGAUCAUCGAAUGAUCGCAACAUUUACGAAACACCGAGGUACUCGAGACCCGAACGACGAUUAGAAGUUAUGGAACCAUCUAACUCCAUACCCGGUGUUCAUGGAAGACAACAACAACUUCAACAACAACAACAACAACCAAUACCACUACCACAUCAACAACAGCAUCAACAACAACCACCCUUAGACGAAGGUGUCUAUGCUGUAGCGGAUGUAACUGGUCUUCGAGAGGAACCACCGGAAAUGUUAUCCCUUUAUCGUAUGCAGAAUACACGAAUGAACGUACAACAUGCCGAUUAUGGUUACGAUUAUGAUUACGAUUAUGAUUACGAGCCACCGCUUCCGGACAAGCCUCACGUUGUCUUCGUUUAAAUGAAAAAUCAAAUGAAAGUGUAUGUGAGAUGAACAGAGAGAUAGAGAUAGAUGGGAUAGAACAAGGAUAGAUGAGAGUGAGAAACAAGGAAAGAGAAAAUAGAGAAAGAGAAAGGGAGAGGGAAGGUAGGAAAGAGAAAGAGAUAGAGAGUUUCUUGAUUCCGUUGUACGUUAAGAAUGAUCUCGACCAAAUCGAGAUUCCAAUCGCGCUUUUCCAACAAAUAUCUCUCUCUUUCUCUCUCUCUCUCUUUCUUCCCCUAGUUCUUUUUCUCUCUUUCUCUGGUCGUUUCGUUCGACGAGAACAGCUGCGCUUCUUCGAUCUUUCCGAGAACGAACUUACUCGUUUGGGAAUGUCUGAGAUAACUCGUCGAUACGUACAUAUUGUGUGUUCUUUACCUACCCCUACCCCUACCCCUAUCCUCUUUCUUUUCCUCCCUCUCUCAACACCACUACGUACGCGUGUGUUUGUAUAUGUAUAUAUAUAUAUAUAUAUGUAUGUUAUAUACGUAUUUAU